CGCUGGAACUCAGUGAUAGUGAUGUUGUGGUUGUCCAUGCCGCCGAGGUCCCCGGUAGUUUACGUGUGAAAAUCUAUUUUAGACUAGUGUCCCCCCGCAUGGAGUUGAGUGCGGACCCAGUGGUGGCAACCUUGGAGAUGUCGGAGAUUAAAAGUAAAGAUACCGAGUCGUCGGAAGGCGACGGUGACUACGAGAGUUUGCCACCUCAUGUCUCAAUAACGACCCACAUGACAGCAGGAGCCGUGGCAGGAAUACUGGAGCACACGGUGAUGUAUCCCGUGGACUCUGUCAAGACCAGAAUGCAGAGCCUGCAGCCGGACCCCAAGGCCCAGUACAGCAGCGUGUACGAGGCCCUCAGGAGGAUCGUCCGGACGGAGGGCCUCCUCCGGCCCUUCAGGGGCCUCAACAUCACCAUGAUGGGGGCCGGCCCCGCCCACGCCCUGUACUUCGCCUGCUACGAGAGGGUGAAACGCAAGCUGAGCGACGUCAUCCAGAACGGGGGCAACAGCCACAUAGCUAACGGGCUGGCUGGUAGCGUGGCAACCGUCCUGCACGACGCCAUCAUGAACCCUGCGGAAGUGGUGAAGCAGAGGAUGCAGAUGUACAACUCUCCCUACCGGGGCUUUCUGGACUGCGUGCGGACGGUCCGUCAGACCGAGGGCCUGGCCGCCUUCUACCGCAGCUACACCACCCAGCUGACCAUGAACAUCCCCUUCCAGGCGGUCCACUUCAUGACCUACGAACUGAUGCAAGAGCGCCUCAACCCCCACAGACAGUACCACCCCGGUAGCCACAUCAUCUCCGGGGCGGCGGCCGGGGCCGUGUCCGCCGCCGUCACCAACCCCCUGGACGUGUGUAAGACGCUGCUCAACACGCAGGAGAACGUGGUCCUCAACUCCAUGCACAUUAGCGGUCACCUGACCGGCAUGGCCAACGCCUUCAGGACGGUGUAUCGCCUGGGGGGCAUGUCUGCCUUCUUCAAAGGGGUGCAGGCGAGGGUCAUCUACCAGAUGCCCUCCACAGCCAUCGCGUGGUCGGUCUACGAGUUCUUUAAGUACUUUCUGACCAAGCAGCAGUUGGAGCACGAGGCUGGGACUGGGCCGGCCUGAGGUGGGGUGAGUGGGGGUGGAGGACCCCCCUCCCCCCCCGCUCCCCCCCCUCCACCCCUGGACUGGAGACAAAAAUCUGCCAGUAGAAUCAAAUCAAUGCAAAAUCCCUCUGAAGAAAAGGCAGUGUGUUUCUGUGUGCUGUUAUAAUGUCAGUGUAUUCUCUCAAAAGGGAAGCCACUGGGGUUCGUGGAAGUUUUCGCGGCACCGACAGAGCGUGUCCCUCGCGAAACUUACCUACCCAACAGAACAGAAGCAGAGGCUGUUUUCAUGAACAGGAAACACACAAAGAUCUUUCUGGAAAAGCAAAGAAGAGUAAAGGGCAUCUUCAAACAACGACACUCCUUUUUUUUUGGGCCAGAGCUCCUUACACGACAUUCUCCUCGCUGUGUGUGUGUGUGAUUGUGUUUGGCUUCAUUUAUAUGUUUAUACAUCUGAAAUGGAAGUAUUUUAUUUAUUUCAGUUGAUUUCCUGGACCUGACGUUUUAUGGUUUUGGAAGAAACGCACAGCUGUUUGCUUGUUUUUCCUUGUAUGUUUAUGAAGGACAGUUUGAUUGAAUUCCUUAGUUUCACUGCACAGUAACCACAGUACAAUUGGGCUUUUAAAGUGCCUCUUAAUUGUUGAAGGCUGCCUCUUCAACUAAGUUUGUUCCCUGGUAGAAAGGACUGGUAUAGAUCCUUAUCACCCUUAUCUCUGCUUUCAGAAGGGCUUCUUAUUAUAUUUGAGUGUCUUUCUCAUUGGAUUCAACAAAACACAUAAUUUCCCUAAACAAAAGAAUAGUAACAAACUGUGCAAACAAGAUGUACCAAAUAGAAUCCUGUUAUUUGUCUUAAUAGAGAAAGGUUGGCAACUGAUUAAUAUAUUUUCUAUAACUGCUGUGUCCUUUCCCUUACCAAGGAACAGUUCCUGUGAUACCUACUGUCUGCUUCACAGUUCACAUCCUGAAAUAUAUAGCAUCUUCCCUGUGGACCAGUGUUUUUAGCCUGAAUACAACUGAAGGUGUUUGAUCUUUUGACCACAGGAAGUGAUUUGUCUGUCCUGCUAGGACAGCGAUUCCUUUGCAUAUCAGAGGAAUAUAAGCCGCAACGGGUCCAACGUUAACCUUGUUUUAGCAUAGUAUGAUGCUCUUAAAACACGCACAAUAUUAUUUAGUGUUAACGUAAAGGGUAUAAAUAUCUUCGAUGUUGCAGAGUAAAGGCAGCUUUUUAUAUAUUUUUGCAAGUGAUCGUUUCCUAGGGACUUCAUUAUGCAAGUGCACCAGACCUGUCCGAGGCUGCCUCGAAGCUUCACUCCGAUACAUCUGUGAUGUUGUUAAUGGAAAGAUUUUAAAAAUGAAUUUAGUUUGUUAUAUAGAUGAUUUAAAGCUAUGGAAUAUUUAACAUGAAACCGGGAAAGUUUAGAUUUAUUCCUACUGGAGCAGGCUUGUGUUCUCAGUGUUCCUGAGAGAACUUUGUGGCGUGAGUUUAGCUGGGUCACUCAGUUAAUCAGUGGAGUUGGCCAGUUUGUGACCAUGGAAACCGUAAUAACGGCAGACCGAAUCAGCUGGUUGGCAGACUGCAGUUCUCCUCUGUCCCAUUUCAGUCACAAACUUCCUGUUCUCUGCUUGCUCUCUCAGCCUCUCUCCUUUUCCCCCUUGGUAGUCAGACAUUCCUCCAUUGCUGUAAUCCACAAAGCCCCAAGAUUUGUUUGUUUGCCUUUCAUUAAAUGCUUAGUUUUCUUGUCUUAUUUUCUUCCACCAGUGAAAUACAGAUGUUUCUGUGAUAUUCACUCACGCACAUGUAUUCCUGGAUACUGACCCAAAGAUAGGCUUCUUCCUCAGACACCUCUAGUUUUGAUGUUGGAAGGAAAUUGUGAAGAUAACUUUGAACUGAACUACUUGCGUCUGUCCUUAACGUCAGUUUAAUUAUCAGGCUCUCAUUCCAUUUGUUCUCUGCUGCCUAAAUCGCUUUACCAUUUUAGUGUUUCCUUUCUGCUUUAACUAAACUUGCCAUUUAACUGUUUCUAGGCUCUGAUGUAUGAAAUAUUAUGGUGUUGCCUCAGCGCACUAUGAAGGGUAGGACACCUUCCGGAUGUCUCCGUGGAGAUGAUUGGUUGUGGGACGCUGUGUUUCAAGUGGGACUAGUAGGUUACGACGCAUUGAUGCUGCAGUAUUUAUUAUGGAGAAACAAGAUUACACAGCGCUCCACGUUUUAUAUUGCUUCCGUUUUUUGUUUUUCCCGCCUCAUUUUAUAGACCCUAUAUGCAAUAGAUCAUACCUGUCCAUGUCAUGGCAGUGUAAAUAUGCAACAUAAUAAUCACAUUGGUUGCUCAAAGGUAGCCCUAUUCUGUUCAGUCUUAAAUCCUACACUGAAGGCCUUUUGGGAUCGAUUCAAACAGAUAUCGCUCAACGCCUCUUUAUACAGACAUGUAUAAAUCCCAUAGUUCAUUCAGGACUUUAAGGAUCCCAUCGCAAUAUUGUUUUGAUGUUCGACCACUACUCAUAUUUCCAAGAAAUAUUGGCUUAGAAUUGGGCUUUGAUGGUUGAGCUGCAAUUGGGGACAUCUGGUUCGGUCAUAUUCAUGAAUCAUUCAGAACAGAUUGGCUACUGGACAGUGUCUGAUCUGUUUGUACUGGCCCAGUAGUCUUCCCACCCCUCGACGCUGGCCUGGGGCAGACUGAGAGGAGCGUGUUAGUAUGGGUAGUCAGUGUGCUUGUUUUGUUUUGUUAGUCAAGAUUGAAUAAUUGUACAUUCCUUCCAGGGAUGUUUAUCAUGUGAAUUUCCAGUUGCUUUGUACGCACAACGAAAUGAUGUUGAAACUGGGAUGAUUUAUGACUUAAUAGUGCCAUCUACAGUACAAGAAUGUUUAACAUUUUGAAUUAAGACCAUGCAGAUGUGAAAUAAUUGUGGUAAAGCUGCUACAGUAUGUAACACUGGAGCCAAAAUAAAAUACAGAUGAUUAAUGAAG